CCCCACCUUUUUUCCAACGCAGUUCUUCUAUCGCAAACUCAUGACUGAUACCUAUGCACAAUACAUUAGGAUAAAGCUCAUGAACCGGAAUAUGUCGUAUGGAUAAAUAUUUACGACACUAAAUAUCUUUAUCGACUAGUUAUCACAGCUUCGCCAACAGUUCUCCGGGACCCAACCGCUCACAAAGCACCGCGGAUGAGAAAUGCAUACAUCGUGUUGAAGCAAACGAAAAUCGGCACCACAGCUAGAGAUAAUUGGCCGUUGUUUACAUGGUUGACUUAGCGACCCAAGUUAGCCAUGACGGCAAUGCCUUAGGCGGUCUCAAAAAGUUACCAAGAGCGUUCUUGGGCGACGAUGGCUUUGUCUAUGAUUCUGCAGUCCCUCACAGAACCAAAAGGGCACUCACAAGCGGUAGCCGUGGAAGCGACUCGAUGCAUAUCAAUAAAAAGGUUGAUCCAGCAGGAGCACGUCCCGAUGGCUUCAGGAAUAGGCGUGAUGUUGAUUGGGUCAAUGACUUGAGUUAUUCCUUCAGGUCAAACAUAAGUAAGGGACGCGCCGAACUACAGAAUCAAGCGAACCUUGAUCAAGCCAUUCCAAAAGACAAAAAGUCAGGCGGUUCAAGGAGGAAGAAAAAGAAGUCCUUGGAAGAGAUUCUCCAAUACCUUAGCGGCAAUUUCCCACAUAACAACUUCGACUCAGACGGUUCGAGCAGGUCCAGUUCUUCUCGCAGAAAUCCUCUUAUUCGAAAACGGCACGUAUUAUUCAAAAAGAAGCGACGUCAAGUAAAUGUAUUCGACUCAGCUGCAGGCGUUAUUUCUGGAAGACCACGCUAUAGCAGAGGCAAAUAUGGUCGAUGGAAGCCUCCGAAAACAAUUAAAGACCAGUUACAUUCUCUUCCAUAUGCUCCAGACGAAGUUUUAUUUCAAAGACGAAACUUUCCAGUACGCGACGCCGAGAAAGACAUCUAUUUCGCCAAUGAGCAGAAAUUACGAAACAGCGGCGAAGGCAUUCUCCCGGACAGCGACCUUUUGAAAACGUUACAUGCAUUUACUUCAAAUUUCUAUGCGUCACAUCGUCCAGCAUCUUGGAAAUAUCGCAAAAUAGACAUGGCAAGCAUGGAUGCUACAGCUCUGCUGGCAUUUGGCAUUCUGAUGGAGGAGCUCGCCAAAGACAUAUCGCGAAAAGGAUAUCGAGUGCUUACCGAAGGCCAAGCAAAUAAGACAGCCGAUGGCGCAGAAAUAUAUGACAAUAUUGGCGACGGAGCAACGUCGCUCAUUGGCCAACAUAGAAUCAAACGACAACGUCUUGGCACUGAUCCGCAACUCGACCAUCUCAAAUCCGAAGGCGAAGAGAGUGACCGCGCUGGUAGAAAGACGUCUGCUAAAGCAUCGCGGCAGCUGCGAGAUCCGUUCACUUCUCAGAUACAGAAAGAACUAUUACACUAUAGAAAGCUGAAACCUCUGGACAGCGGCCGCCAACGAGUUGGAACUCGCGACUCUCUGUAUGGGAGCUCAGGAAGACCUCAAAUCGUCGCCACGCUCCCACGCAUCAAUUUUUCGCCAGAUAAGGAAUCGAAUCAAAAGCGUUCUAAGAAACGCAACAAGAGAGACACUGUUGAGUCUAGAUUGGAAUCGCAAUCGCCAUCGCUUGCGACUGUGCCUCUGUUUAGUUCAGCACCUGUCGUUGCUGGUGACGACUCAGACGCAGACACCAGCGAUGAAGCUUCUCUCUCGACUGAGUCAACAGGUGUACCUAAGCACAAUAUCACAGAACCUUUACAAAGGGUGCGUGAAGCUUCUGUUGAGUUGGGAGGCUAUGGUCACAAUAGUCCUCAAGCCAGAAGCAGUCCCGUAUUGCAAGGUAGCCAUACGAGUGCUUCAUCGAGCGAGACAUCUGAAGCAGACUCUGAUAGUUAACGAACUGUACAUUACAUAAUACAAUAGCAAAUAAUCUCUCCUAUAAAAUCUAAGAUAUUUU